AUGAAUGAUUCGACGGUCAGCUCUGCGGUGUGCGAAAUCUUGAGUGGUUGCUUCGGAGGCUGUCACCCUAUAGCCAUACUUGACGACGAUCUGCCAGGAGACCUUGAUCGCCUGAUCCCCAUACUAUUCCCCUCCUAUCUUUCUCCCUUUCUUUUCUGCUCGGUGACGAAGGCCAAUCAGCCAUUUGUCACUGACGGCUUCGAUAUCCCAAGUUAUGGUAGUCUUGAGGAGGGUAGAGAUGAGAGAGACCAGUCAAAUGGUGGCAUUGACAUGCACUUGUGA